GAAAGUCAAAGGUUGGUGAUCAGUUGCCUAAAAAUAGCUAAAGGAUGGGUGUCUGUCCUAUAUGCUUUGAUGGACUCAAAUCCCCAGUUUGCUGUGUGCCUUGUGGACAUGUGUUCUGUAAUGUGUGUAUCCACAGAUGGAGGACCACAACUCCCCGUUCCAUGGGAAAUAUUCUCUUAAAUUAUCAUGAAAACAGAAGCUGUCCACAGUGCCGCUCCGAAAUCCAUGCCUUGCAAAGAGUCCGAUUUGAUGAUCAGGAUGUUCAAGAGAGUGAAGAAGCAGAGGAAAAUCCUUGGGAAGCCACAGAUGAUUACACAACAAUUCUAAAAUCUGCUUAUAGUAUCUGGUCAAGAAGUGAACUUCGCAAAGCUUGUGUUACUGCACAGAGUAAAAUAUUUUCCAUAUCAUGGGUCCAGAGAAGUUGGGAUAUUGGAAAAACAUGUGUUACUAAUUUAGGAAAUAUUGUGUCAGAGUUCAGGCAUGUUGAAGGUGGGCCAGAAGUACAGAUAGAGUGGUUAAAGAAUCGGGCCAAACAAGGUUAUAUUACACUUCAGAACAAAAUAGUUAGCCAUCCUAAAGUUGAAAGUUUAAGAACACAGUGGAGCAAUUUUAGUGAAGAAAAAAAGAGAGCAGUAAUGCUUCUAAUUGCCGUGAUCUGUGUAUUGACCCUGGCAGAUGCCCAGAGCCCCGAGGGCUUCCUACAGUCUGUUAUACUCCCUGUCUUUGAGGCUGCCUUCGCUGUAAUGUUUGAGAUCAUGUCCAUGCUGUCAUAUUGUCUGACUAGACCUCUGGUCUGCUCUUUCCACUGUUUGAUGUCUAUAAUUUUAAUGAUUCUAGACAUCGUGGUUGCCAUCUUACGGACCCCAAUUGCUAUUUUUGAAAUCUUGUUGUGGCUACCCUAUACAAUGAUAAUGGGAGUGACAUUAUUUCUUUCAAAUACAGUUGGUACUUUGAUGAGAACUGUUUUCCCAUUGGCCCUUGUGCUGUAUGUAUUUUUCCCAGGGGUUCAACAAAGAGUUAGGGAAAUAUUUGCUGAUUUACAACAAAAUUAAGAUCGAGUGGUUUGCAGUUUUUAUAUAAUUUUGUUUUCAGUGCCAAAUAACUGUUGAUCCAAACCUUUAUUUGUUGAAACUUAUGUAGUGAUAAAGAUGUGUGCAAGCACUGUGAAUAUACUUUAUUUUUAUUAUGAAUGCAGUAAAGAUGUAUCAUUAUGUAUUUAUUUUACACCUCUGACAAUAAGGUAUGAAAAAAAAACAGAUUUUAUGAAGAUUUUAAGAGCUUCACGGUGCCAUAAAUCACACAGAUAUUGAAUAAGAUAGAAACCGAGAAACACAAAAUACUGCAGCAUCAAAAUUUAUAUGCACACCUGUGUGAUAUUUGGCACAUGAAGUGCUAUAAAGAUUUAACUGACAUUUACAUUCUUAUGCUUUACAUUUUUAUAAAGUGAAUAUUUUAAAUGUUAAUAUCAGAUCAUUUGAUUAUUGAAUUGUUCCUAAUUUAGAUUUUAUUCCCCAUACAGCAAAAGAAAGUGAUUUUUCUUGGUGAAAUUUGCCAUUUACUAGUAUUUGCUUAACACUUUAAUUUUAUUUUAGUUGUAACAGAAUUUAGAGUACAUUUAUCAUGUGUUUAUUUGUGAUCAUCAUUUCCUUUUAAUUAAACUGUUAUUAUUUUUUAAAUGGAGAUCUUCACAACAAUUGUAUGUCAAGGAUGUUCUGAACAAAACUUGAAUUUUUUAUGUUUGUUUCAUUCUUGUUAUUAUGUAUGUUCAAGUCCACGAGGAAGUAUUACUGUGUGUAAUAAUUAUUUAUACCAGUACUGCAUAUCGUAUUUUGAACCCAGCAGGGUAGAAACUGCUACAACCACUUUCAGUAUUACAAUUUUCGUGUUUGAAGACAAUGCUUGAAGAAAUUUGAUGUAAAAUUAUUUUUCCAUCAGUCAUAUUCAUGAUGCUUCAAAUAUAAUUUGAAACAUUUC